AUGUCAGACUCGGAAGAAAUCCUCGUCAUCGGGGGCACUGGUGCCCAAGGAAGACCAGUUGUCAGGGCUCUCGCAGAGACCAAUCGGUAUCGCGUCAGGGUCCUCACCCGGAACGCAGAGAACCCUCGCGCAAAGCAGCUUGCUGCUCUCCCGAACGUCACCCUCAUCGAGGGCAAACAAGACAGCCAGCAGGAUCUCCACCGUGCAUUCAAGGGUGUCUACGGCGCGUGGGUGAACACAGAUGGAUUCACUCUGGGCCAGAAGAAUGAGCUCUUUUACGGCAUCCGCGCAUAUGAGAUUGCUCGGCAUGAAGGUGUCCGGCACUAUGUAUGGGCUGGCACCGAUUAUGCAUUGAAGUACCAUUGGGGCCACAACGAUUCCAAGGGGAGAAUCACAGACUUUAUCUUGGCUCAAGGCCAGGACGGAAUGAAGAGUUCGGUUCUCACAACAGGCCCCUACAUGGACAUGCUACUGGAUGGGAUGUUUCCACCCAAAGAACAGCCGGACGACUCUUUCCUCUGGGCAAACCCUGCCACAGAAAACGGCAAAAUCCCGCUCAUCGCCCUGGAAGACGUCGGCAUCUACAGCCUCUGGCUCUUCGAUAACCUCCCCGAGUCCGCGGGCCUGAACCUAGAAGUAACGACCGACGAAGUUAGCUUCGCCGACAUUGCAAGGAUCUUCACUGAGGUGACGGGUAAAAAGGGCGUCCACAAGCAUGUGCCGUUUGACAAGUACGCGCCGCUCGCGGAGCCGUAUCCAGGUGCCUACGUCAAUUUCGGCGCUGGUCCGGAGGUUGUUCGUGACGAGUCGGAUAUGACCUGGAGACAGAACUUUGGGGCGUGGUGGCGGUUUUGGGGUGAGGGUAUCGUUAACAACAGGGAUUUAGAGUUGUUGGAUCGCAUUCACCCUGGUCGGAUCCGGAGUUUGGCAGAGUGGAUGCGGAAAACUGGGUAUGAUGGGAAGCCGAGGCCUGUUCUCAAGGGGAUUGAGGAUUGGAAGAGUAAACAGGGAUCUAAGUUGGCUUGA